AUGCAAGCAUCAUCUCAAGAAGGACCGCAGGGGAGUAGGAUACAGGAGCAUGCUCCCUUCCAUGAGCCACAGGGGAUCUAUUCUGCACUGCCCUCUCUACCGCCGCCACAUUCGUACGGGGAGACGGCCUUUGAGGCGUCUCUAGAGCCGCAGGAUUAUGCUUCAGUGGGGACAAGUUUUGAGGGGUCUGCAGCAGGCCUGCAGGGCUGUGCUUGGCAGCAGCAGCAACGGGGGUACUCUGCCCUGCGUUGUCAGUCUCAGCCGCAGGAGCAUGCUUCGCGGGAGACGACUCUAGAGGCGCGUCAAGAACUGCACGAGUGUGCUUGGCACGAGCAGCAAGGGGGGUACUCUGCCCUGCCCGCGCAGUCUCAACCGGACUUUGAGCGUUCCUAUGGGGAGACGGAGACGGCCUUUGAGGCGCCUAGAGAGCAGCAGCAGCGUGCUUCAGGGGGGACGAGUUUUGAUACUGUGGAGAGUGCUGAUGGCGGCGCUCCAAUGGCAGCGCGCCACGUGGCGGAGCUGUCGCCGUCCCUCCACAGGCACCCCGAGGGAUGGGAUGCGGCGCUGAUGCGAACUCUAGAGGCGGACCCUCUAGGGCGCCCCUUACCCCCCCUCUGCCCUGCUGCCUCGCUGCCACAUGCCCAACUUACGCCUCCUCUCAUUCCGCCUCCUCUCAUUCCGCCUCCUCUCAUUCCGCCUCCUCUCAUUCCGCCUCCUCUCAUUCCGCCUCCUCUCAUUCCGCUCGCUCUCAUCCCGCCUCCUCUCAUACCGUUCCCUCCUCUCAUUGCGCCCCUCUGGGUGCACCUCCCCACUGUGCUUCACACAACGCCUGUCAGUGCAGCAACACGCACCAUCCAUUUCCGCAUCCCUGGCAACCCACACAGUGUGAGCACAUGCCAGUCACUUCCUUGCUCUGACUCCCUUCGCCCUUCUCCUGGUUCCCCUCGCCCCACUUUUGAGCCGCCUCGAAGGCCCGGGUCCCCUCGUCCCGCCUACAAGCUUGUCCACCCUGUGUCGUGUUUUGAGUCGACUCAAAACACCACCCUGGGGGACAGCGCGGAUCUCAAGCCCCUCCCUAACGCCACUUUCCCCAUCGCGUACGAGUCAGAGUUCUAUUCCAACGUGGUGCAUCACAGGGGCAUCAUCUCGUGGGGUGCGGUGGAUCCGUGCAAGCCGGACCGGCUGGUGGGGUUCAUUACUGCGCGCCUUGUGCCACCUGCAGAGGCGCAGGGAGCGGACGUUCUUCCUCUGGCUCCUCCAUCGCCCCACCACACACCAUCACCCUCGCUCCUCUACAUCCUCACGCUCGGUGUUUCCAAGCCCUACCGCAAGGCUGGCGUGGCAUCCCACCUGGUGCAUCUCCUACUCUCCCAUCCCUCGUCCCUCCCGCACUGCGCCGCCGUCUACCUGCACGUGGUCGCAUACAACGCACCCGCCAUCCGCUUCUAUCGCUCGCUGCGCUUCUGCUACCGCCGCCGCCUCUCCCGCUUCUACUACCUGGAAGGGGGCGAGUACGAUGCGCUCCUCUUUGCGCGUUACGUCAACGGCUGGUUACCGCCCGAUUCCAGGUCCCAGUUGCAAAUGCCGACUCUCCAGCUACUGCAGCCGGCAUUCACAGCGGCUUCUACUGCGGUGUCUUCUGCCAUGUCCCUAGUCGCCGCCGUGGCACUGCUGCUUGUGGCGCUGCUAACCCAGCUGCUCACAGCCACCCAUGCCAUGCCCGUGAGCGAUCUGAUAACAGCCCUGAAGUCGAAGGACGUUCAAGAUACUCUCAUGGAGCGUCUGUUCGCGCUCGACGGCACCAAAGACAUCUCAGGCGUGACGAUACUCGUACCACGGUCCGACGAGAUUCCCUCGGCGGCAGUCUACGCCAGGCUUGAUAACUCGACGCGCAAGUACAACCCGGCGAUCGCAGACGCGCUCAGGGUCAUGGAUGUAGCCGACAGCUCGCCAGAAGUGUGGGGAUCGGUCGCACCGAGCUUACUCUCCCCUGCUGUCACCAAAGUGCUCUCGGAUCUCUGGAAGUUUCAGAUCGUGAAGCAGUACAUUCCGCCGUCCGUCGCGACGCAGAAGUACUCAUCUGGCGGGCCAUGGGAGCUUCCAACCCUGGAGGGGCAGCCGCUCUGGAUGACAUACUCUCCUCUGUACGGCGGCACGUGGAACAUCUCCGGAUCCUCUCCUCAGCAGCAGGCCAGAUCUACGCUGCCUGUAGUCCAGGGCUCUGUGCAAACCCAUGGGACCCCGUUUGCAUACGCGGAGGAGGACGCUGGAGACGUCGUACAGGAUUUUCCGGAGAGCGAGGUCGUGGUGUAUAAGAGCCACGCGCUGCUUUUCCCUUAUAAUAUGGAGGCUCUUAGCGCGUAUGCAGGAGCCACUGCUUCCAUCUUCCACCUGAUUGUCUCCAUUGGCCUGGCUCUCACCGCUCUCCUGCUGCUGUAA